UGUCUAUAUAUAUACCUCUCCACCUUUGCAUAAUAUUCACAGCUAAAUUAUUUGCUUACACAUUUUUAACAAAACACAAAGAGAAGUUAGUAGUAUUAAAAGAAGAAAGAAGAAUCAUGUGGUGUGGAUUUAAAGGAGAGUCUGGUUUCUCUGCCGGUGCCACUGGAGAGAAGGUGACUGAGGGAGUUGAUGGAAGUGCUCUCACUUGCAUUAUUACAGGAUCAACUAAUGGUAUCGGAAAAGAGACUGCACGUGUCCUUGCUUUGCGCGGUGUUCAUGUGGUGAUGGGGGUGAGAAAUGUUAAUGCUGGUGGAAAAAUCAAGGAAGAGUUCCUGCAGAAGAUGCCCAAUGCUAGAAUUGAUGUCAUGGAGAUUGAUCUCAAUUCACUGGAUUCCGUUAGGAAAUUUGCUUCAGCCUAUGUUUCCCGUGGUCUUCCUCUCAACAUUCUCAUUAACAAUGCAGGGAUUUUGCCUCCUCCCAAAUUCACACUUUCAAAAGACGGUUAUGAACAAGUCUUUGCAGUCAACCAUUUGGGCCAAUUUCUUUUGACGAACCUUUUGGUGGACACCAUGAAGAAGACAGCACGUGAAACCGGGAUAGAAGGAAGAAUUGUUAAUCUGUCAUCCGAUUUGCACAGACGGGGUGUUGGCAAAGAAGGAAUCAUUUUUGACAAGAUCAACGAUGAGCAAAGCUAUAGCAACUCUACCUUUAGCGUGUCUCCUUAUGGAAUGUCAAAGCUCUGCAACAUUCUGCACACCAAUGAGCUUACUAGGCGCUUUCAGGAAGAGGGAGUUAAUAUCACUGCAAACUCGGUUCAUCCGGGACUUAUAGCCACCAAUCUCUUUUCAUCCAACGGUGGAGCAGUAAACUGGAUAAUGACCAAGGUUAUGGUAUACAUACUUAAAAAUAUUGAGCAGGGAGCAUCGACUUCACUCUAUGUGGCAUUGAAUCCGAAAGUUACUGGAGUGAGCGGAAAAUAUUUCAGGGACAACAACAUAUUGACACCAAGCAAAAUGGCUAGAGAUCCCGAGGUGGCCAAGAAACUAUGGGACUACAGUGUGAACUUGACAGAGGCCAAGAAUUAGGAGCCAACUUCAUGGAUCCAUUAUCUUUAAAUUUCCAUUAAAUUGUGAUUCUUGAUUGUCCGUGUAUAAAUUUCGUAUUGCUGUGAGUCUGAGACAUACUUGCGGCAUUGUGUUACUUUGUGUGAGAUUUCUGCAGAACAUUAAGGUAUUGCAUGAUAUGUCAAAAUUUGUAUUGGGGUGUAAACUUUUCAAUUAUAAAAUUUAAUUCAAUUUGUAUUCUGUCUUUAA